AUGGACAACUUCUUACCAGGCUCGGCGAGUUUAGUGGAUUGCGUCGACAAGAAACUGCUGGUGAUACUACGCGACAGCCGCAAACUGAUAGGGUGGUUGCGGUCCUACGACCAAUUCGCAAACCUGGUACUGCAAGAUACGGUCGAACGAACCUAUGCGGAGGACAACACGUACGGCGAUGUGUACAGGGGGAUCUUCUUAAUACGCGGGGAGAAUGUUGUUAUGUUGGGUGAGAUUGACAAAGAGAAAGAAACAACUGUAAUGUCGACCCUCCAGCAAGUCCCCAUCGAGACCGCCAAAGCGUCUGCAAAGAAAGAGCUCGACAGGCGGAAACGGAACGAGAAGGCCCAGAGGCGCGCGUUGCAGGAGAGGGGGUUCUCGGUGGAUGGGGUCGAGGGGGAUCAGUAUUAG